CAGUUCCCGGCGGCCCUCGCGGCAGGUUCCGGGGACGUAAAGGCGUUUCGCGAUGGCGGGGGCUGGUUCUGCUGCUGUGUCCGGGGCAGGGACCCCGGUGGCGGGGCCCGCGGGCCGAGACCUCUUCGCCGAGGGGCUCCUCGAGUUCCUGCGACCGGCUGUGCAGCAGCUCGACUCUCACGUCCACGCCGUCAGAGAGAGCCAGGUAGAGCUCCGGGAACAAAUUGACAACCUAGCUUCCGAACUGUGCCGUAUCAAUGAGGAUCAGAAAGUGGCCCUGGAUCUCGACCCCUAUGUGAAGAAGCUACUUAAUGCCCGGCGACGAGUUGUCUUGGUCAACAACAUUCUACAGAAUGCCCAGGAACGGCUGAGGCGGCUAAACCACAGUGUUGCCAAGGAAACAGCCCGCAGGAGGGCAAUGCUGGAUUCAGGAGUUUACCCCCCUGGUUCCCCAAGCAAGUAACAGGCCAGAAGAUGGGCCCAUGGCCUCAGAAUAGCACAAGUACCAUUCCCUAGCUGCCUUGUUUCCUCCAGGACUCCCUUAAACCUUAGGACAUUAAAAAGGCAGCCCUGUGGUUUGUGUUUGAA